AUGGGUACUGAAGGCAACAUGAUCUCGGCCUGGGCAGAAACUUCAGCCAAGGCACGCAAAAGACGUGAAAAGAUGGAAAGGGAAAAGCCCGGAUGGAAAGAAUGGGAUUUAUAUUGUCAUAUGCACGAUUUGGCCGAUCAAAUAAGCAGCAUGCGACAGGCCGAUAAGGGAAUUAUCCCCGGAAACCACGGGGUUUUUGAGUCAGCGGCCGACAUCAAGGCAUUCAGAAAGGCAAAUGAGAGAUAUCAACGCGGGAGAUUUGGCCCGAAGAAUACGGAAUCUGUGAGUCACCCUCAUUCCGAAUGA